CAGUGUGUGUGUGUGUGUGUGUGUGUGUGUGUGUGGCUCGCGCUGCUCGCUGCUCGUACGCAUGUCUGUUGCGCUCCGAGGACCUGCCUGCUUGAAGCCGUCCAGGCGUCGCUCUGCUCCCUUCAUCAUGUCGUUGGUACAGUUUUGAGCUCGUUUCGUGUCUUUUUGUUGUUGCUGUUGUUGCUGCUUCCUUCUGAGCUGCCUGGUACCAGGAGGAGCAGCAGAAAGCAGCAGGAGGAGGAGGAGGAGGAGGAGGAGGAGGAAGACUGAGCAGAGGAGAAGAAUGCAACACUGGACCGCUGCUCAGCUGUUAUUCCUGCGCUCAUUUCGACCAUAAAUUUUUUCCUUCUUCUGCAACAGCGUUCACGCCUUUGUUGUCCUCCAAUGCACGGCCACUAGAACAGACAGGAGGAACACGGAGGAUCGCGCUGCAAACCGGAGAUCAACAGACCCCGAGAGAGUCCCGGACUUGCAGGGUCUCCCCCCUCCCCGAAACCCAGAGGAACCAUGUCAUCCACCAAAUACAAGAAGGACAAGGAGAUCAUAGCGGACUACGAGACCCAAGUGAAAGAGAUCCGUAACCAGCUGGUGGAGCAGUUCAAAUGCCUGGAGCAGCAGUCUGAGUCCCGCAUCCAGCUGCUGCAGGACCUGCAGGAGUUCUUCCGCCGCAAAGCAGAGAUUGAACUGGAGUACUCCCGCAGCUUGGAGAAGCUGGCUGAGAGGUUCUCCUCCAAGAUCCGCAGCUCCAGAGAACACCAGCAGUUCAAGAAAGACCAGCACUUGCUGUCCUCGGUAAACUGCUGGUAUUUAGUGCUGAACCAGACGAGGCGCGAGAGCCGCGACCACGCCACCCUCAGUGACAUCUACACCAACAAUGUUAUCGUCCGCUUGGCUCAGAUCAGCGAGGACGUCAUCCGUCUGUUCAAGAAGAGCAAGGACAUCGGGAUCCAGAUGCACGAGGAGCUGGUGAAGGUGACAAAUGAACUCUACACUGUGAUGAAAACGUACCACAUGUACCACACUGAGAGCAUCAGUGCAGAGAGCAAGCUCAAAGAUGCUGAGAAGCAGGAGGAGAAGCAAUUCAGCAAGUCCGGAGAUCUCAACGUCAACCUCCUGCGCCACGAGGAUCGCCAACCGAGACGCAGCACCGCCAGGAAAAUCGAGAAGAUGAAAGAGAAGAGGCAAGCCAAGUACUCAGAGAAUAAGCUGAAAUGCACAAAGGCCCGGAAUGACUAUUUGUUGAACCUGGCAGCAACAAAUGCAGUGGUGGCAAAAUAUUACAUCCAUGACGUCUCUGAUAUGAUCGAUUGCUGUGACCUGGGCUACCACGCUAGCCUGGCGCGCACCUUCAGGACCUACUUAUCUGCAGAGUACAACUUGGAGACGUCGCGCCACGAGGGACUGGAUAUCAUCGAGAACGCAGUGGACAACCUGGACUCCCGCAGUGACAAGCACAAGAUCAUGGAUAUGCAUAACCAGGUGUUCUGUCCUCCGAUGCGCUUUGAGUACCUGCCACACAUGGGAGACGAGGUGUGCCAGGUCAGCGCCCAGCAGCCGGUCCAGACUGAGCUCCUGAUGCGCUACCACCAACUGCAGUCUCGCUUAGCGACACUAAAGAUUGAAAAUGAGGAGGUGAGGAAGACCUUGGAUGCCACCAUGCAGACGCUGCAGGACAUGCUGACAGUGGAGGACUUUGAUGUGUCGGAUGCCUUUCAGCACAGCCGCUCCACUGAAUCCAUUAAGUCUGUGGCCUCCGAAUCCUACAUGAGCAAGCUCAAUAUCGCCAAGAGGAGGUCGAACCAACAGGAGACAGAGAUGUUCUACUUUUCAAAAUUCAAGGAGUACCUGAACGGCAGUAACCUCAUCAUUAAACUGCAGGCCAAGCAUGACUUACUGAAGCAGACACUGGGUGAAGGUAGGAAGACCUCUUGA